AUGUCACUGAAAGCUCCUGUUGUUACGUUGCCAGGAGGGAGGGAGACGGUGGUUGUCAAGAUGAUCAACCCUGUCAACUUUGGGCCGGCUAUCCUCAAGCGUUUCAUGGCUCCAGAUGUUCCGGGCCUGGAAACUUUCAAGACGUCUCCUUCUCUCUGCUUCCUUCUGGAGCAUCCUUCAGGUCGGAAGCUUGUGUGGGAUCUAGGGAUCAAGAAAGAUUACAACAACUAUGCGCCUUCGAUAACCAGUUACUUGCCAACAACAAAUUACGACAUACAGGUGAAGAAAAAUGUGGCGGACAUUUUGGAAGAAAGUGGUGUUGCUACGGAGGAUGUCGAAGCAGUAAUCUGGAGCCACUGGCAUUGGGAUCAUAUUGGCGACCCAUCCACAUUCCCGAAAACAACCGACUUGAUUGUUGGGCCAGGGUUCAAGGCGGCGAUGCUUCCGGGCGCACCUGCAAAUCCCGAAUCUCCUAUACUCGAGAAGGACUAUGCUGGCCGGAACUUGAGAGAAAUCUCAUUCGAAGAAGGGCCUCAGACCAUUCGCAUCGGGCGGUUUCCGGCAUUCGACUACUUUGGAGACGGCUCGUUCUACCUGUUAGACAGCCCAGGCCAUGCCGUGGGCCAUCUUUGCGGACUAGCCCGGACAACGCAAAGUCCGGACACAUUCAUUCUUCUUGGAGGUGAUGUCUGUCACUACGCAGGAAUAUUCCGACCUUCGAAGCAUCUGCCCGUUCCCGCGUCAAUCUCUCCACAUCCUUGCCGGCCACACGAAGACACCGCACUUUGUCCUGGCAGCGCUUGGGACGAGCUCCAGCAGUCUCGGGGCAGAGCCUCCACAGAUACGCUCUUCGAUGCAACGUUUGGUUUGGACCUUCCUAUGGUGGGAAGGACAGUGGGAUGUCUCCAAGAAUUGGAUUGUGACGAGAACAUCUUUGUCAUUAUAGCACAUGACUCGACAGUCAGAGACGGUGUGCCUCAUUUUCCAAGUGACCUUAACGACUGGAAAUCAAACGGCUGGGGGGAGAAAGUCAAAUGGUCUUUCUUUCGCGACCUAGAGUCGUACUGGGACUCGAAGGGGCUGCUGUAG